GCGGCGGCGGCGCGGCAGUGCUCCGCGCGCGGACCGUGUCGCCAGCCGCCACGCUCUCGCCGGCUCGCGGACGUACCGGCGCGGACUCGCUCGGAGCGGAGUGUGCGAGGCGCUAGUGGCGCGGCUGUAGCUGCGACGACAUGCAGGCGCGCGUGUGGGCGGCGGCGGCCGCGGCGGCGGCGCUGCUGGCCCUCGCGGCGGCGGCCUCGCGCCGCCUCGACCAGGACUUCGAGUUCGACGACGACGCGGACGCUCUCGCUGGCGGCGCCGUACAGCACUCGCACUCGCGCAGGCCACGAAGAUACAUAUAUGAUCCUAGCAAUUCACUUUGUCAGUCAUUGGUUUGCAAGAAACGCGAAGUUUGCGUGUUACGUGACGCCUUCACCGCCCUCUGUGCUAACAAAAAGGAACUUCUUCGAAGAGGUGACGUCAUCGUAGCAGCGACAGCGGACGGAUGGAGCGGUUCCGGUGCGAGCUGGGAGCGUGAGGACGACGACGACGUGUUCUACGACGGCGGCGCUCGACUCGACCGAACAGACAACGACUCGGAGGCAGACGACUCGAAGCCCAAUAAGUGCGUGGGGUGCCCGGUGCGAGGCCGCGCGCGCUUCCUGUGCGGCUCGGACAACCGCACGUACUCGUCGCUGUGCCGGCUCGACCUGCACAACUGCGUGCGCAGGGCGGGCGGCGGCGGCGCGGGCGCGGCUGUGCGGCCGGCGUGCCGCGGCUUCUGCCCGUGCGGCCCGCGCGCCCGCCCCGCGCCGCCCGCGCCCCCCGCGCCGCCCGCGCCCCCCGCGCCACCCGCGCCCGCCGCGCCGGCCGUCCCGCGCCGCGCCGGGCCGCAUGCGCGCGCGCGCCAGCGCGCCCGUCCCGCGCAUGCGCUACGCGACUACGACGAUGACUGGAGACAACGAAAGUCAGAAUCCUCACAUAAUGAAGUUUUGCCAGAACGUUCUUCAAGACGGCGUUUAUCGCAAGGAAGCGAGGGCUGCGCUCUUGAUAAAAUGGCAAACCGUCUACUCGACUGGUUUUCAGUGCUUAUGGAAGAAGCCGGAGCUACUACUGCACCAGAAGAAGGAUUUCCGAGCGAUUGCAAACCUGAAGUUCGCUGGAUGUUUGCUCAUCUAGACACGGACGGCGACGGUCUCCUGUCACCUGCUAAUUUGUAUUCUCUCAGGCACGACGAGCGCGAGCGGUGCCUGCGGCCGUUCCUGUCGAGCUGUGCGGCGGGCGGCGCGGCGGGCGCGGUGGGGCGCGCGGCGUGGUGCGGCUGCCUGCGGCGCGCCGCGCGGCCCUGCACGGCGCUGGCGCGCGCGCACCCCGCGCCGCACGCAGGCGCGUACGUGCCGGCGUGCGACGCGCGCGGCUACUACCGCCCGCGGCAGUGCCACGCGGCGCUGGGCGUGUGCUGGUGCGUGGACGCGCACGGCGUCGAGCGGCCCGGCUCGCGCACCAGGGGCGCGCCCUCCUGCCCAGGUGACAAGUCGGUAUUGAAUGUAGUGAGCAACGAGACGGAGGCGGAGCCCUCGGAGGGGGCGGAGGGGUCGGUGGGCGCGGAGGGGUCGGAGGGCGCGGAGGGUGCGCCGGCCGACGACGAGGACGCGGCGGGCGGCGGCAGCGGCGACGGGGACAACGACCUGCGCUACUAGGCCGCACCACCCCACUCUUACGUUGCGAGUGUGCCCUGGCGUACCUAGCCCAUAAUACAUGUUGGCCGCGUACACUAUUUAGCCAUAUUAAGUUUGCGUAUCGACUUCGUGUUCGAGUAUUAUUUUUGUUAAUUUAAAAAAUCACUCGCCUAUUAAGCACUCGUCAGUCCGGGGACGUAGAGGAAGUUAUUCAUUCUUUGCUGAUGUUACGCUAAAAGUAGUAUUAUAGAAGGUCGUAGAUACAAUAUUUUGAACAUGUUCUUAUUAUUUUAUAAAUAAAUGUCUUUUAGACGAUUGAAGUCGUAAAACGUUUACAAAGUUAUCUGUUCACCGCCGUUGGAUUGAUGAUUAUUCGCAAAUAGAAAUGAUGCAAACGUAAGCGCCUAAAUUGUAGGCCUAAAAAUAAUUAAACAACUUAGCCGUCCCUUUUCUCCAUAUACUAAUGGCUAUAGGUACCUUCUCUCCAUGCGUAGGUGAUGCGCCCGCGCAGGUAAACAGAUAUAAGUACGUAAAUUUUAAUCCGAGGUUAUGUUAUGUUUGAAAUCGAGUGAAACCGGUUCUUCGAUGGCCCCGGUGGGUGCGGUGGGUUCUUCGAGACAAAAAUAAAUCCUGUGGCUUUAGGUCUCGGCGUUCUUACAGUCACACUUCAGUGUCGAAAGAGCCAAGCAGUUCCGAGGUUAAAAGCAUAGGUUUGUGUUCUAUAGGAUAGGGGUUUUUCUUACGGGCCAAAAGAAACAAUACACAAUUGAGAAUUUUGAUUUAUUUAUUUUAGAGACUCUUUCUUAUAUCCACAGAGUACUAAUAAUAAAACUAAACAAUACAGUCGUCGAAACGCGUCGGUAUACGGCGCUGACGUCGUCCGCUCGUGGGAGAUAGGGACAUUUGUGGAGUACAUGCUGCAGUUCAAUUAUUGCCAAAUAUUUAUUUAUGGGUUUAGAGUUUUAAUGUUCAACAAAUACCUAGGUUCAUUUACUUACCUGCAUCGACAACCAUGACAUAAAAGAAAAAUUGGAGAUAAGUUACUGGCAUAGCCACUGUAUAAGAUCCCACCGCUGUAAGCGAUUAUCACUUCUAACAUUGUGAUAAUAUGAUUCACUGUAAUUUGCAUGUUUAUUUUUUUUUAUUUAGGUGUCUUAAUACCUAUUUAUGCACUUCUAUACCUCUUUCGAUACUUCUACAUAUUUAAGUAUAUAUUAUAUUUAAUUAAAACAAUUAAACUUACGUCGCAUUUAGAAUAAUUCGCUUCCAUUAAAAAAAGAUGGCUAUUCUUUAUAAUAUAGCUAACGAGAUGCCACAACUGGAGUGCAGGUACCUAUAAAAAUACUAAAUAAAUACCUAAAAUGUACUUAAUCGUUGCUAUGUGUACAGUAGGUACUUAUUUAAUCUUAUAUUAAACUCGGAAAUUAUAACAACUAAGCUUAUGAAUGUUUGAUAUUACUAGUUACUUAUUUACCUAAUAAUGAAUAUUUAGUGAUUUACUUUACUUGUCUAGUGUUGCUCAUGCUCACUGAAGCAGUACCUAACUUGUUUGUAUUAAGUAUUAUUAAAGUAUAAAACAUGUAAUUAAUAGGCAUUAGAGUUUAUAUAAUAGUGUAAAGAAAAACACUCAUAGAGGAGUGGAAACAAUGUCGACAAACACCUGUUGAUUUAAGUCGAAGCAAACCUCUGUCAGGAUGUAACCCUGGACCACUUAUUUCAAUUACAGGAAUGAGAAUGACGACGAUUGAAUGUUAUAUGUUACAAAGCGAUUACGGAGUGUAUUAAAACAAAUAUCAUAAUGUAAAUGAAUCUUGUUUGAUUUCAGCAUUAAAGAAAUAAAUAAGUAAUAGCUAAGUAGAAAAAACAUACUGGUACUUGGGUUAUAAUGUUGCAAUGAAAGUGUGAAGUUAGACAGAUGAGAUAAUACGAAAUGAAAUAUCCCCUAUCUAUUACAUAUAACAUGAUAAAAUAUACCAGUGUCAACCAGAGUGAAAGAAGUAAUGCACAAUAUGAGUACAACAACUAAGAAUUAGGUACAUGAAUAAAUAAGUAAUUAUUUAUUUUAAACAAAUAUAAAACUGCAAGUCAAUAAUUAUAAAUUGGUAAUUGUAUUUAAUUGGGGAGAAAAGAAAACACUGCAUAUUAAGCCAGAUUAGUUGAAGUGAGGGCUGAAAAUGUGAUGCUUCAACAGGUAAUAGACAGAUUUCUACUUCAUAUAUCUGUGUUAUGCUAGUAAUUAUUUGAUUAAAUAUUUUAAUUUUAUGAUUAUGUCAUAGCUAAUCUUGUUUGUAAUAACAUGUAAGGUAUCUAAAAGGUGCCUAGUGAUGUUCACGUAAGUUAGGUAAUUAUUUGCACUUUUUUAAAUCUUGGUCACUGUAGAUUUGGUCAUAAAUAAAUCCUAUACGUAAUUUAA